AUGAAGUCCACCAUCUUCUUUGCCUUUUCUCUGCUCCUGAUCCUUGAAAAGCAAUCAGCUGUGAUGGGAUUAUAUGGUGGAAUCAAAGACCAAUUACCUGGUAGAUCAUAUCAAUUGCUACGUGAACUAAAAGAUGAACGCUCUUUUGGACAAAAAGGCACACAAGAAGCUGGGUCCCAAAGGAGUUUGCUCAUUCACAGUGAAGAGCAUGUAGAUAACAAUAAUCAUAACUGGAAACAAAAAUAUAAUCAAGUUAAUUGGCAUAUGCAAUAUGAAAUGAAUAUGUUAGGACCAUAUCAAAAUGGAAAACAAGCACAACUAAAAAAACAAGGCAAAACUAAGAAUGAAGGAGAAGACCAUGAUACCUCACUAACUGUAUACCAUAUAGAUGGCGAGGAUAAUAAUGGGAUACAAAAUCCUUGUGAAAAUCGAGAGCAUGGUCUAUAUGUAAAGCUAAUACCAGACCAACAUCUGAAUACAGAAGGAAGGCCGCUGGUUCAUGUAAUAAGAAAAAAACGAACACUCUAUGGUGGACAAGAUUGGUCACAACACAAAACUGAUCAAGAAAUACCCCAGAGUGAAUAUAAAAUGUCAACAAAAUAUUUAGGGGUAAAACGAGCACCAAUCUAUUCUGCAUAUGAGCCACCUACUCCCCAAGUUGCAACCCACAAGACUUUUCCUGUCACAGAUGAGGACGUGGUAAUUGUCAAGAAGCAAGACUAUAACCAAAAGCUUAGUCGAGAUCCGGACAGACAACAAUCUGCAUCCCAAGUCACUGUCAUCAAAACACCACAACUGGAAUCUGGCAAGAAUUCAAUCCAGAUACACCAACCUGCAUCCCAAGUCACUGUUAUCAAAACACCACAGCUAGAAGCUGGCAAGAUCACCGUCGUCAAAACGCCACAGCUAGAAGCUGGUAUGAAUUCAAUCCAGAUACAUCAACCUAAAUCCCAAGUCACCACCGUCAUCAAAACACCACAGCUACAAGAUAGCAAGAAUUCUAUCCAGAUACACGAACCUGAAUCUCAGGUCACCACUGUCAUCAAAACACCACAGCAACAAGCUGACAGAAAUUCAAUCCAAAUACACGAAACUGGAUCCCAAGUCACCGUCGUCAAAACACCACAGCUACAAGCUAGCAAGAAUUCAAUCCAGAUACACCAACCGGAAUCCCAAGUCACCACAGUCAUCAAAACACCACAGCAACAAGCCGAUAACACUCAAAUCCAGAUACACCAACCAGCAUCCCAAGUCACCGUUGUCAAAACACCACAGCUAGAAGCUGGCAAGAGUUCAAUCCAGAUACACCAACCUGAAUCCCAAGUCACCACAGUCAUCAAAACACCACAGCAACAAGCUGACAGAAAUUCAAUCCAAAUACAUGAACCUGGAUCCCAAGUCACCACUGUCAUCAAAACACCACAGCAACAAGCUGAUGACACUCAAAUCCAGAUACACCAACCAGCAUCCCAAGUCACUAUUGUCAAAACGCCACAGCUAGAAGCUGGCCAGAAUUCAAUCCAGAUACACCAACCUGAAUCCCAAGUCACCACAGUCAUCAAAACACCACACCUAGAAGCUGGCAAGGAUUCUAUACAGAUACACGAACCUGAAUCUCAAGUCACCACAGUCAUCAAAACACCACAGCAGCAAGCUGACAACACUCAAAUCCAGAUACACCAACCAGCAUCCCAAGUCACCGUUGUCAAAACGCCACAGCUAGAAGCUGUCACCACUGUCAUCAAAACACCACAGCAGCAAGCUGACAACACUCAAAUCCAGAUACACCAACCAGCAUCCCAAGUCACUGUCAUCAAAACACCACAGCAACAAGCUGACAGAAAUUCAAUCCAAAUACAUGAACCUGGAUCUCAAUUCACCAUCGUCAAAACACCACAGCUAGAAGCUGGCCAGAAUUCAAUCCAGAUACACCAACCUGAAUCCCAAGUCACCACAGUCAUCAAAACACCGCAGCUACAGGAGAGCAAGAAUUCUAUCCAGAUACACGAACCUGAAUCUCAAGUCACCACUGUCAUCAAAACACCACAGCAACAAGAUGACAACACUCAAAUCCAGAUACACCAACCAGCAUCCCAAGUCACCGUUGUCAAAACGCCACAGCUAGAAGCUGGCCAGAAUUCAAUCCAGAUACACCAACCUGAAUCCCAAGUCACCACAGUCAUCAAAACACCACAGCAACAAGCUGACAGAAAUUCAAUCCAAAUACAUGAAUCUGGAUCCCAAGUCACCACUGUCAUCAAAACACCACAGCAACAAGCUGACAACACUCAAAUCCAGAUACACCAACCAGCAUCCCAAGUCACCGUUGUCAAAACGCCACAGCUAGAAGCUGGCCAGAAUUCAAUCCAGAUACACCAACCUGAAUCCCAAGUCACCACAGUCAUCAAAACACCACACCUAGAAGCUGGCAAGGAUUCUAUACAGAUACACGAACCUGAAUCUCAAGUCACCACAGUCAUCAAAACACCACAGCAGCAAGCUGACAACACUCAAAUCCAGAUACACCAACCAGCAUCCCAAGUCACCGUUGUCAAAACACCACGGCUAAAAGCUGGUAUGAAUUCUAUCCAGAUACACCAACCCGAAUCUCAAGUCACCACUGUUAUCAAAACACCACAGCAACAAGCUGACAACACUCCAAUUGAGAUACAGCAACCAGCAUCCCAAGUCACUGUCAUCAGAACACCACAGCUAGAAGCUGGCAAGAAUUCAAUCCAGAUACACGAACCUGAAUCUCAAGUCACCACCAUCAUCAAAACACCACAGCAACAAGCUGACAGAAAUUCAAUUCAAAUACAGAAAUCUGGAUCCCAAGUCACUGUCGUCAAAACACCACAGCUAAAAGCGGGCAGGAAUUCUAUCCUGAUCCAUGAACCUGAAUCCCAAGUCACCACUGUCAUCAAAACACCACAGCUAGAAGCUGGCAAGAAUUUGAUCCAGAUACACAAAACUGAACCUCAAGUCACCACCGUCAUCAAAACACCACAGCAACAAGCUGACAAUACUCCAAUCCAGAUACAGCAACCAGCAUCCCAAGUCACUGUCAUCAAAACACCACAGCUAGGAGCUGGCAAGAAUUUGAUCCAGAUACAUGAACCUGAAUCUCAAGUCACCACCGUCAUCAAAACACCACAGCUACAAGCUGACAGAAAUUCAUUCAAAAUACACAAAUCUGGAUCCCAAGUCACCAUCGUCAAAACACCACAGCAACCUGCAUCACAAGUCACUGUUGUCAAAACACCACAGCUACAAGCUGACACGAAGUCUAUUCAGAUACACGAAUCUGGAUCCCAAGUCACCACCGUCAUCAAAACACCACAACUACAAGCUGACAACCGUCCAAUCCAGAUUCAGCAACCUGCAUCCCAAGUCACUGUCAUCAAAACACCACAGCUAGAAGCUGGCAAGAAUUCAAUCCAGAUCAACGAACCUGGAUCCAAAGUCACUGUCAUCAAAACACCACAGCAACAAGCUGCUUUGAAGUCUAUCCAGAUACACGAAUCUGGAUCCCAAGUCACUGUUGUCAAAACACCACAGCUACAAGCUGACACGAAGUCUAUCCAGAUACAUGAAUCUGGAUCCCAAGUCACCACCGUCAUCAAAACCCCACAACUACAAGCUGACAACCGUCCAAUCCAUAUUCAGCAACCUGCAUCCCAAGUCACUGUCAUCAAAACACCACAGCAACAAGCUGACACAAAGUCUAUCCAGAUACAUGAAUCUGGAUCCCAGGUCACUGUUGUCAAAACACCACAGCAACAAGCUGACAAGAAUUCCAUUGAGAUACACCAACCAGGAUCCAAAGUCACUGUCAUCAAAACACCACAGCAACAAGGUAAUGAGAAUUCAAUCCAGAUACACCAACCAGCAUCCCAAGUCACGGUCGUCAAAACUCCACAGCUACAAGCUGACACAAAGUCUAUCCAGAUCAACGAACCUGGAUCUAAAGUCACUGUCUUCAAAACACCACAGCUACAAGCUGACACGAAGUCUAUUCAGAUACAUGAAUCUGGAUCCCAAGUCACCAUUGUCAAAACACCACAGCUAGAAGCUGACAUGAAGUCUAUCCAGAUACACAAACCUGGAUCUCAAGUCACUGUCAUCAAAACACCACAGCUAGAAGGUGGGAAGAAUUCAAUACAGAUACAGCAACCUGCAUCACAAGUCACUGUCAUCAAAACACCACAGCAACAAGCUGAGACAAAGUCUAUCCAGAUCAACGAACCUGGAUCCCAAAUCACUGUCGUCAAAACACCACAGCUACAAGCUGACACAAAGUCUAUCCAGAUACACAAAUCUGGAUCCCAAGUCACUGUCGUCAAAACACCACAGCUACAAGCUGACAAGAAUUCAAUCGAGAUACACCAACCUGGAUCCAAAUUCACUGUCAUCAAAACCCCACAGCUACAAGCUGACACAAAGUCUAUCCAGAUACACGAAUCUGGAUCCCAAGUCACUGUCGUCAAAACACCACAGCCACAAGCUGACACAAAGACUAUCCAGAUCAACAAACCUGGAUCCAAAAUCACUGUCAUCAAAACACCACAGCUACAAGCUGACACAAAAUCGCAAGUCACUGUCAUCAAAUCACAACCACUAGAAGCUGACAAGAAUACAAUCCAGAUACGACAACCUGUAUCCCACAUCACUGUCAUCAAAACACCACAGCUGGAAGCUGACAAGAAUCUAAACCUGAUACAAAAUCCUCAUCAAGUUCAAGAGUAUGCCCCAAAUGCAAAUAGAUUCCUUGCCCAAUAUAUAGCUAACGAACAAUAUCUACUCUACCAUGGACAAAAAAACAGAUACCAAAAGGAGUUCCACAAGAAGUAUAAUCUUAUAAUGAUAAAGCAUGAAGGUGACAACGGGACACAAAAUCUUAACCAAGAUGAAAGGCACAGCAAUGAUGUCUAUGCAAUUCCAUCACCAUAUUCAAGCAGAGUAAUAAAUCUAGUCCGUCAUAGACAACCUGGUAGACACCAGGAUGGAUCUAAAGACACUCGUGUUUCCCAAAAUGUUGACAAUAGCCUUAAAGUUCUGCAAGAUCAUGCUAACCAUGAAGGGUUUUCAAAACAUGCAAUGGCAAAGAUAAUCCAGUAUCCACAAAAAGCUAUCAGGCGUUAA